AUGGGUCAACCACAUUCCAUGUCUUCGCACCAUCCUCAUUCACCCAAUGCCAGCUCUUCAGCCACCUCACCUGGACUUCUUCAGCCGCAGCAUCAUCAUCUGAACGCAAGUCCUUCCAAACAUUUAUUCUUUGGAGAAGAUAUCAUGCCUCUCCCUCACUCGGAUGAAAAGGAAGAUCCAACUUUUAAUUUUCAAUCUUCCUCUCCCAAACAGCACCUCCAAAUUUCAUCCUCUCCCACUACCAUGUCUCCUCAUUCCCUGGAUCUUGGUAGUCCUUCAUCAUCAUUGUUCCACCAAAAAACAAUUUCAAAUUCUCCCAAUAAGAAUAUCCACUCUUGGGCAUCCUCACCUCGAGGAAGAGCAGUUACUUGUCCGAAUGUUCCUUCUUUGAUUCAAUCACGCGAAGAAGAAGAGACGCAUCAUGAAGGAAAGUGGUUUUCAAGUCUUUCAAGUGAUAUGGAAUGGCCUCGAUCUCAUCCAUUGGGACAUUCAUCAUCCAUGCAACACGUUUUGAAACAUAAAAUGAUCAUGAUGAUGGUAUAUGGAAGUCAUGGUCACUACAGUGAUCAUAUUCUGAAAUAUUGGAUGGAGAGAUACUUACCCAAGAUGGAGUACGAACAUAUUCAAAAAAAAAUUCUCUCAUUAUGUACGCACUGUCUGAGAACCAUCCUUCUUCAUCAUCCGAGAAAAGUUGCUAGCUCGGAUCCAAGAACAGCUGAAGCUAGCUCGGAAAUUGUUAAUAUUCAACAACAAGUCUUGGAAAUUGAAAACAAAUGGAGUGAAAAAGAAAAACGUUGGAUUGAAGAUCUUGUCCGAAAUUCUUCAGGAUUAAGAUCUUCUGGAGAGGAGAUGAAUUCAUCAAAGAUUGAGGAAAAUAAGGUCUUGGAUGAAACCGAGAAACAAUCUUCGGAUCCAACUCUCCUUUCCAAUGCAAAUUUUGAUUCCGAAACGCUACUCUUUUUGGAUCGUCUUUGGAAGAGUGAAUAUAUACAAGAAGGAUAUCACUCGUUGAUGAACACACAGAAAUUAAAUGCGACCAUUCAGGAGAAUUGCAACCUUCGAACAACAGAACAAAACAAACAAGAUGAUGAGAAAGACAUUUAUGGUCAAUUGUGUAAACAUGCCGAGUACUUUUUGAACAAGAUACAAGAAAUGGAAAAUCAUGAAUGGACCGUGGAAGAUUGGACACAUGCCAUGCAACGAAACUCGAGAAUCAAUGAGGUGAAACUUUGGUAUCGUCGCCAACCUACAACCAAUAGUACAUUCAUUAAGAAUCAGUUGGCUUGGACAAGUUUGGAAACAGUGUUUUCUGUGCUUGAUAUUACAGGUUUGUAUUUUAAUGUUGAAAGUGAAUGUUGGCUUAAUAGAAUUUCACAAGCUAUUGGAGGUGAAAAGACAAAAUGGUUACGAUCGUAUAAUAAUGUGGAUGGAUUUUUAAUCAUCUUCUCGUUGGAUGAAAUUUCAAGUGAAAAACAUUCAUUGCAAACGGCUCUACAUACUUUUAACGAAAUAACGCAAUACUUUAGUGAUACCUCUUUAAGCAACUCGAAUACAUUUCUUGCAAAUAAUAGAACCCAGAUUUAUGUUUGCUUUACAGAAAGCAAUCUAUUUUGUGACAAAGUAGUUCGAGGAGAAUAUUCUUUACAAAAAUCUUUGAAAGGAGACACUAGAAAUCCAACGACAGUUUUCAAAUUUAUUGUGGCUCAAUUUAUUCAAAGCAACGGUGUUAAUGGUUACUCGUUGUCGAGCAAUAAUUUGAACAAGAUGGCAAACAGUGAACAUGUCUCGGCUAGUUCUUCUCCAAUUAUUUCAAAAUACUCGAUCAAUGGUUCGUCAUCUCCCGAGCUGUUGUUUUUCACUGUGAAUGAUUUUUCAAGCAAGAGUGACAUGUAUAACUUUACCCAUCACUUACUUGAAGGAAAAUCCUAUUUUGAAGAUCGAAUUUCUGGAAAACUAGCAAAGAAAGAAGAUGAAGUUCGACGAGAGUUAUUUUCCAAGUGCAGUGACUGUAAAAGACCCUUCAUCAUGGUGAACAACAGGACCGAGAGUCACCAGGGAUUGUUUUCAGAUAUUGUUUUGAACAUGGAAUGA